UACUUAAUGAAAGGAGUCCAGCUGCAAUCAAUCUGUAAAAAUGUAGCUGUCCUGUGAAGGUUGAACAGCUACCAGAAGUAGUGGAAAGGUUUAUAGCAAUGUUAUCUUAAAACAAUAUGUUGCAGGGUGCUGUUCAGUCCAUCAUCUGAAAGUGGAAAUCUAACAAAACAUAGCCGUUUAUUUAAUCUCAAGAGGAUGUGGAAGGAAGAACAUUGACAAGAGAAUGAAAGAGGUCUGUGGUAACUAAGGCGGAGCUUCAGAUUCACUGUUCAGUCUAGACGGCAGCAGACCGGUAAGGCAAUCCGCCAACGUUCGUUGACCUCCCGCCCAGUUCAAAUCAUUUCUGUCGCCACGAAGAGCAUCCGCUGUAGGACAUGGACAGCGCCAGAAAGAAGGUGUCCUUCAAGUGGAUACAGACUGCUGCCACGCUACCCAGAGAAGCCGGUCAGAGCAACGCUAGCUCCAGUACUCCUUCUGACCGCAGUAAGCCAGGCCAUGGAGAGUCAAGUGCUUUCCCCCUCAGUGACUCUCCAGGGUCGGAGCGCCUUGGAGCUCUGAGUCUGGACACGCCCAAGAGAAAAGCAGAGGCGCUCUGUGAAAGUGCGCCAUCUGCAGGCAAAGCCAAGCUGAGAAAACUCUCCAGGAAAAAUUCUGAGACUUUUAAAAGUAUUAAGAGUCCACCUUCAGCAAAAUUACGCCAGCAAGACGAAUCUCCAACAAGUCAACAUGUUUUGCCAGCUUCACAUCAUUCUUUCAUCUUGAAGAAGAAAGAGAGGACACCGGAGGAGGGGUCAAAGGCUAUCUGCCGGAUGGCGCUGAUUGCAGCUAUUGGCAAGACGAGAACGAGGCUUAGCUCAACUGGAGUCCCCAGCCCCGCGGCCGAGAGUGGCUCUUUACCCCUGGAAUCUGUUCCUGCACAGACUGUAGGGCAAAGUGCUGAGCCUUCUGACAGCAAUGUGGAUAGAAUCGGCUUCGUGAGGAGUCCUGGCGAGUACGAGGAUGUUGAGUCCCUCAGUGAGGAUCACAGCACUCCUGUUCGGGUGUUUGAGAACACACAAUCACAAAGUUACAGCCCAGAGUCAAAAACAUAUUCAAGGGAGCUGGUUUUUCUGGAGACCCCCCUCCAUGGGAAAUCCUUUGUUUCUGAGGAUGAGGCUGAGGUUGAAGACAGCAGACUGCCAGUCCCUCAGUUGGAGUUCAUGUCAGACUCUGGUUUUUCCACGCAACAGGACAGCCUGCAGAAUUGGAUUGCUUUAACUUCACCGUCUUCGGCUUCUUUUUCACCGUCUAUCGAAAACACUGGAACUGUGCAGACAGCUGCAGACGACACACAGUCAUAUUUAUUGCCAGAGAAGAGGACUGUUUAUAUUUCAUUCAAGCAGCCAAAACAACCAGACUUGGAGCCUCUAAAUCCUCUCAGAGCUGAACUCCAGAAUUUCCCGUCAUCUGUCAAGGCCAAUUCAUCGGAUCCAUUUUCUUUGCCGCUUUGUUCUGUUGAAAGAUUAUCUAACCUCUCUGUGACCUCUGCAGCGCCACGGAGACGAAGUGACUGUUUCCCUUCUAUGCGUUUCCCUCCAUCCACCGUAUCGGACAGCUCCACAUCCGCCAGAAGGUUGUCCUUGGGGGCUGACCCUCUGUGGACCAACUACCCUGACCGCAACGUCCGGGCUGGCUUCAUCGACACACAUUGUCAUCUGGACAUGCUCUACGGAAAGCUGGGCUUCAGAGGGACGUUCGGUCGCUUCAGGCAGACCUACAGAAGCAGCUUCAGUCCCGAGUUUCAAGGCUGCAUUACAGACUUCUGCAAUCCGCACAUCAUGGUGAAGGAGGCCCUGUGGGAAGGUUUGCUUUCUGAGGACAUGGUGUGGGGGGCAUUUGGCUGCCACCCGCAUUUCGCCAAAGGCUACUCAAACACUCAGGAAAACAACAUACUAAUGGCAAUGAGGCAUCCAAAAGCGGUGGCGUUUGGUGAAAUGGGCCUGGAUUAUUCCCACAAAAACUCUACUGACUCUUCAAGGCAAAAACAAGUGUUUGAGCGUCAGCUGCGUUUGGCCGUGGCCAUGCAGAAACCUCUGGUGAUCCACUGCCGGGACGCAGAUGACGACCUGCUGGAGAUCAUGAAAAAGUGUGUGCCCAGAGAUUACAAGAUUCACAGACACUGUUUCACAAACAGUUAUUCUGUGAUCGAGCCUUUCCUGACAGAGUUCCCCAACCUGUAUGUGGGCUUCACAGCUCUGAUCACCUACACCAGGGCCAGGGAAGCCCGAGACGCAGUUCGCCAGAUCCCUCUGGACCGCAUCGUCCUGGAGACGGAUGCACCGUAUUUUCUGCCAAGACAGGUUAGCAAAGAUGUGUGCCGGUUUUCUCACCCAGGAAUGGGUAUCCAUACGCUACAUGAGCUGAGCUGGCUGAAGGGGGAAGAUGAGGCUACGGUGCUCAGCACCAUCCGAAACAACACUGCUCUGCUUUACGGCAUUUGAUUCUUCCACAGGUCAACACUUAAAAAAACGGAAAAAAACCCAAGAAAAAACGGUAUGGUCAAUCCUCAAUGUGUUCUUCUGCUAAUGAAACACCCUGCGCUGAUUUUUGUUUUAAAGUUAUCAACCCAACAAGCUCACAUGUUGGAGUUUGAAGAAGCAAUUUAUUUUUAUUUUUAUUUUUUAAAGUGAAAUACUCAUUUUUGGAUCUAGUGAAUAAUAAAUGUUUUAAGAAAAAAGACAAACACAUGAGACACUGUAUGCGCCUCGCCUGGUUGUAUUUUAUGUCAUCAUUUACGCAAAUUAAUUCUAAAGCAGUUUUAAGUUUUAUUUUUUUGCAUGGAGCCGAAUAUUAUUUGUUCUAAUAUGUCUGCAUGUUUAUGUCGUCCGCUUGCUGUGCAGUGUAGUUUGGUUUAAUGUGGCGGAGAUGCAUUAAAAGCCUUUACGAGUGA